GGAAUUCAUGCAAAGCCACGUCGCUCGAUUGAGAUGGGAAGCAUUGGAGUGUAGACGUAUAAGAUGACUUGUUACCGUCGUUCUAUCAUGUAGGUACCUUGCUUUAAGCUGGACUUAAUUCGUCCCUUUCCUAAGUCAGACACCAUCCAUCUUUGAAAUGAAACCCGUCGGUUCUUCCACCCAAUGUGAGGUCGUCGUUGAUGACGCUCGUCUAGAUGAUGUCUCGCUUCACCCGUUUCUAGUCUCUACCUCACGAGGCUUUUUACCCCUGAGAAACCCGCUGGUUACUUUGCCAAAGGAGUUUGAUGUUCUGGAAUCGCUCCUUCAGCGUAUGCCGAUCAAGACUGCCUCUGGGGAACCAGGUCUCCUUGCUGAAGGCAAGCUCGGUGACGUUGUCGACAAGGAAUUCCCGGAUCUCACAGCUCAGAUCGAUGUAUACAAAGAUAACCUUCACGUAAUAACUGCACUGUAUCGAGAUUAUUCCUUUCUCGCCGAGGGCUACCUCCUAGAGCCAUGCCAUAGACAAUUCAUGGAAAGUAAGGAUUAUGGGAUUGGACGGCCUUUCUUGCCCAAACAGAUCGCAGGUCCAUUUGUGAAGUGUGCGGAAAUCGCUGGUUUUAAGCCAUAUCUCGAGUUCAGCUCAUAUGUGUUGCUCAACUAUCGUUUAGAGAACCCUGCCGCGGGGCUUGAGUUCUCCAACUUGCGUCUUAUUAGAGCUUUUGAACAUGGCCUUGAUCCUGCAUCGUCUGAAUCAGGAUUUAUUCUAGUGCAUCUCACCAUGGUGAAGCACUCAGGUCCUCUCGUCCAGGGCGUGUUGAAGGCAUUCGAGGCUGCAUCAGAGGCAACAGCUUCCUGUGGAACCAUUGAGCAAAGGAAAUUGCUUAAUGAAGGGCUAUCCACACUGGUCGAUGCUUUGGCAAACCUCAACUCCCUUAUGAAAAUUAUAUACCAGAAGUCGAAACCGACAGAGUAUAAUAAUUUCAGAACCUUUAUGUUUGGAAUUACUUCCAAUUCCAUGUUUCCUGAUGGUGUCAUUUAUGAGGGUUGUAAUGAUAAUAAGCCCAUGUUCUUCCGUGGAGAGACUGGAGCAAAUGAUGCAAUGGUGCCCCUUAUGGAUAAUUUCCUCCAAAUUCCUAUGCCUGAUACGCCUCUUACGGUGAUCCUUGAUGAAUUCUCAGAAUACCGCUCUGACAAACACAAGGAUUUCCUUAACUAUGUCAAGGAGCGUGGAUUGCAAUUAGAAAUCAAGAAGUUUGCCCUCGAUCGACUUGGUGCUGCUAGCCCUGGGGACGUUAGAGAUGCUUUGCGGAAAUCUCGUGGCUUAUGGCUCCAGAUUCUCGACCAGGUGCGGGAAUUCCGCUGGCGCCACUGGAACCUGGUCAAGGAGUAUAUCCUUAAACGAUCAGACCAUCCUACAGCAACAGGUGGGAGCCCUAUCGUAACCUGGCUGCCAAAUCAGCUGGAGGCCGUACUUGAUGACAUGAUUCAAGUGCACGCCGCAGCAUUGGAAGACGACCCGACAGGCUUGGGGAAAACUUGUGACAACAUCAUGGAAGUCGUCUUGAGGCAAAAAGAAACAUUGAAAAAAGAAGUCGAGAAAUACUGCGCUGAGCGAGGUUAA